AUGGGUAUUUGUGCAUCAUCAAUGGAAGGAGAAAAAACCAAUACUGAUAUUAAUUUAUCUAUUGAAAAAGAAAGAAAAAAGAAACAUAAUGAAGUUAAAUUAUUAUUACUUGGUGCUGGUGAAUCUGGUAAAUCAACAAUUUCAAAACAAAUGAAAAUUAUUCAUCAAAGUGGUUACAGUAAUGAAGAAAGAAAAGAAUUUAAACCAAUUAUUACAAGAAAUAUUCUUGAUAAUAUGAGAGUAUUAUUGGAUGGAAUGGGAAGACUUGGAAUGACAAUUGACCCAAGUAAUUCAGACGCAGCAGUUAUGAUUAAAGAAUUAACAUCAUUACAAGCAUCAAUUGUUACAGAUUGUUGGGGAGAAUUAAAUGAAGAUCAAGGUAAAAAGAUAAAAGCCUUAUGGACAGACCCAGGUGUCAAACAGGCAAUGAGAAGAGCAAAUGAAUUUAGUACAUUACCAGAUUCAGCUCCAUAUUUCUUUGAUAGUAUAGAUCGUAUGACAUCACCAGUUUAUAUUCCAACUGAUCAAGAUAUUUUACAUACUCGUGUUAUGACAAGAGGUGUUCAUGAAACAAACUUUGAAAUUGGUAAAAUCAAAUUUAGAUUAGUAGAUGUUGGUGGUCAACGUUCUGAAAGAAAGAAAUGGUUAUCAUGUUUCGAUGAUGUUACAGCAGUUGUAUUUUGUGUUGCCUUGUCCGAAUAUGAUUUAUUAUUGUAUGAAGAUAAUUCAACCAAUCGUAUGUUGGAAAGUUUACGUGUAUUCAGUGAUGUUUGCAAUAGUUGGUUUGUAAAUACUCCAAUCAUUUUAUUCUUAAACAAAUCUGAUUUAUUCAGAGAGAAAAUCAAACAUGUUGAUCUCUCUGAAACUUUCCCAGAAUAUAAAGGUGGUAGAGAUUACGAAAGAGCCUCAAACUAUAUCAAAGAACGUUUCUGGCAAAUCAAUAAAACCGAACAAAAAGCAAUCUAUUCUCAUAUCACUUGUGCCACCGAUACAAAUAAUAUUCGUGUCGUUUUUGAAGCUGUAAAAGAUAUUAUUUUCACUCAAUGUGUUAUGAAAGCUGGUUUAUAUUCUUAA